GUGGAGCUUUGAGGCAGCUGCUCUCUGCAGGUUUGAUGCCCCAUUCAGAGCCUGGUUGCUUGCGUUGAAAAUGACCCUGCCUCUCCGCCGUGCAGGAAUGGCCACCACUGGGAACCUUUCUGAAGAGCAAGUGCAUUGCUCCAUCUGUCUCGACGUCUUCACUAACCCCGUGUCCAUCCCCUGCGGUCACAACUUCUGUCAGGGCUGCAUCCUGGGAUACUGGAAAACUAGCCCUUUGUACCAGUGCCCUAUGUGUAAGAAGUCUUUCUACAAGAGGCCUGAUAUUAGCGUCAACACGGUCCUGAGGGAAAUUGCAGAGCAGUUCAAGGAGAUCAGGGUUAGAAGUGCGGAAGAACAAGUGAGUGAGGAGUUGGCAGAAGAGAGAGAAAAGAAGUGGACAAUGGAAAGAAGGAAAAAGGAGGAUGAGGAGAGGCUUUUGGAGAAUGAUCAGAAUCAGCAGCUUCUGGAGGAGGUGAAGCAAGAGGAGGAGAGGAGUAAGAAAGAGACACUAGGAGAGAAACAGCUUCUACCAGAGGAGUUACCACCGCUGAUCCCCCCUGUGUCAGCACCCAGAACCUCUCCUCCACCCUCACCCGCACCCCGAGCCACAGCUAAGAGGCCGCCUCCACUGCCCCAAACAUCACCCCCACCGUCACCUCAGAUCCCUGCUUCUUCAUCCCCUCCACCUACCUCCUCUUCACUCCCACUUCCUUCCUGGGAGGAGGUCCUCUGCGAUGUUUGCCUGGGGGACGGCAGGCCAAAAGCAAUCAAAUCCUGCCUCGUGUGUCUCACUUCCUACUGCGAGGAGCACCUGACGUCUCAUUCCGCCAGGUUCACCAAGCACAAGCUGAUAGAGCCUGUUGCUAACAUGGAGGACAGGAUGUGUCCAAAGCACGAGAGGCUCCUGGAGCUCUUCUGUAAGAAGGACCAGACCUGUGUGUGCGUGCUCUGCACCGAGACUGACCACAGGGCGCACUACACUGUCCCUGUGGAGAGAGAAUGGAUGGAGAAGAAGGCGCAGCUGAAGAGGACAGAAAUAGACGUCCAGCAGAUGAUCCAGGACAGAGAGAAAAAGGUGGAGGAGAUCAAACACUCUGUGGAAGGAAACAAAGCCAGCGCUCAGAGAGAGGUUGAGGAGAGCAUCCAGCUCGUCUCAGAGCUGGUGCGCUCCAUCCAGAAGACUCAGGCCGAGCUGGUUUUGGCCAUUGAGGAGAAGCAGAGGCAGACGGAGAGGUGGGCUGAAGGACUCAUCGCUGAACUGGAGCAGGAAAUCACUGAGCUGAAUAGGAGAAACACAGACCUGGAAAAAGUGGCUCGGACCGACCACAUCCACUUCCUAAAGGUUACAGAUUAUUCUUUCCCAGCCCUGAGCACCCUUCCUUCUGUCAAAGACUGGUCUGAGACCAGUGUUCCCACUGCCAUAUGUGUCGGCAUGAUCAGGAGAUCCUUGUCCAAACUGGAGGCAACGUUAAAUCAAAUGAUCGGCAAACUGUCUGAAAGUGAGAUCAAGAAGAUUCUGAAAUAUACAGUGGACGUCACUCUGGACCCUGACUCAGCCAACCCUUGGUUGCAGCUCUCUCAGGACAGACAUCAGGUGAGACACCUGGGAGCAUGGCAGGACCUCCCAGAUCACCCUGGUCGCUUUGACACUGUGGUCAUUGUCCUGGGCCGCGAGGGGUUCACGUCAGGGAGACAUUACUGGGAGGUCCAGGUGGGGGACAAGGACGACUGGUACAUGGGCGUGGCCAGGUCUUCUGUCAACAGAAAGGGCAGGAUAUCCAUAAGCACGACACAAGGCUACUGGGCUCUGGCCAUGAAGAAAGGCCAGGGGUACCUUGUGUCAACAACCCCUCCAAUACCGCUCCCCCUCGACCCCAAGCCCAAGCGAGUGGGUGUGUACGUGGACUACGAGGAGGGGCAAGUGUCCUUUUACGAUGUGAAGGCUUGGACCCAUAUUUACACAUUCAAAGAUACGUUCACAGUGAAGAUCUUGCCCUUUUUCUACCUGUACUGCUGCGAUAAAGCCUCUGAUACCAUCGUGAUCUGUCCUGUGAAUGACAAAAGCCCGAUCAAGCAAAGCUAAGUACAAGUUUGACAGUAAAAACAGCACUGAAAAAAUCUUUAUGAAAUUGAAAACUGAUUGUAUUUUGUUGUAGCCGCCAUACUAGUUUUGAUGAAAUCCUGUGUUUUGUAUAUUUAUUACAUUAUAUAGGUAUAGGGUAGCUCUAAAAAUAUAUUAAUUGUACACCUUACAUAUUCAUAACGGUUAAUAGAAGUUUCAUAAAACCUUAAUUAAAGGGAUAGUUCAACAUUUCUGGAAACUUCAUAUUAAUUUUCUUGCCGAAGGUUGGAUGAGAUCAUUACAACUCUCAUGUCUGUACACUGAAUAUAAAGCUAAGGCUAAUUAGCGUUUUUCUGCAAUGCAGUGCAAUAUGAGUACCCGGGUGGCACUUCUCACCCUCAACGGUCACCAUCUUGGCUACGUAGUGGAAAGGGAGGCCCCAGCAGCAGUUGCGGUUGUUUAUAUGUUAUACAUGUGUUUUUUCUCUCUCUAAGUAACACCAUACUGUUGCAGGUAUAAGCCUUCAGUAUGUUUAUUGGGCUAAUUUAGCAGUCUGUAAUGAUUUAUUGCCGCGAAAGGUAACGCAAAUGCUAGCUAGCUAGCUAAUAGUGGCUAUCGUGAUUUCCGGAAAGUGCACAACAGACGUGUACGAUUUGAGACAACACUACCCUGUCGAAAUUCACGCACUACGCAAGUAGAUAGUGUACACAGUGUAGCCUACUAACUGAAGUAUCCAAAUUGAGACACAGCCUUGAACUAGCAGGCAGUUAGCUUAGCGAAUUAGUGAACUUUAGAGGUGCUGGACAGAGCCAGGCUAGCUGUUUCCCCCUGUUUCCAGUCGUUUUAUAAAGCUAAAUAUAUGUACCAUCCAGUUGUAACAGCGGUUUUAGUUUUCUCUUAUAACUCUCAGCGAAAACGGCAAUAAGCGUAUUUCCUAAAAAUUAAGGAUUCUUUUAAAUGCAUGAUAUUUCAAAAAUCAAAAGAAAUUGUAGUUUCUUGAUCUCUGAUUUUAUGAUUGCAUGUUAAUUUUUAUUUAAGUGUGAUUGAUGCUGCAAAUGUUGUAUGCUGAGUGAGUUCAUGAUUUAUAACAAUAAAUGUGCUCUCAAAUAUU